AUGGACUCAUAUGACUCGCUGAUCGCGGCGCCCAUGACGGUCGCGCAGCGCAAACACCUCCUCAAACAACUCCAGUCGCCCGAGACCAUCUCUAAACUACGCCGGCCCGAGAUCUUGAUGGACUUCUUCACCGACAGUCUGGACAUGGGCGACCUGGGUCUCGCGGUACCUGCUCUGCAGGGGCUGUUCCAUCUCAUCACCACACGCAACCUCGACUACCCUGCCUUCUACGCGCGACUGUACGCGCUGCUCGACAAAGACCUCCUGCACAGCAAAUACCGGUCACGUGUGCUGCGACACCUCGACAUCUUUCUUGCGCCGCAGAACCAUCUCCCUGCUGCCACGAUCGCGAGCUUCAUCAAACGUCUGUCGCGGCUGUGUCUGUUCGCGCCGCCCUCGGCCAUCGUGGCCAUCGUGCCUUUCAUCUACAAUCUGCUCAAGACAUAUCCGACCACGACGUUCAUGAUCCACCGCCCGCCGCACCCGCCGUACACGAAAUUCAAACAUAACCUAGGCAACGACCCCUUCAACCCAGCCGAGCCGAACCCGCAACUCACCAAUGCCAUCGACAGCUCGUUGUGGGAACUCGAGACCUUGCGCUCGCAUUAUCACCCGACUGUGGCGUCCAUUGCGCGCAUCAUCUCGGAACAGUUCACCAAGCAGCAAUACAAUCUCGAGGACUUCUUGGAUCAUGGAUACGCCAGUUUACUGGAGAGUGACCUGAAGAAGAAGGACAAGAAGCCGCCGGUGGUGGAAUACAAGAUUCCCAAGAGGAUCUUCUCCGCGGGGCAUGUCGAUGUCGAGACGGAAAAUCAUGAUGAGACGAAUACAUUGUUGGAGUUGUGGGAUUUCGGCUGUUAA